AUAAAAUUGAAUUGAUUAAACAAGUCAUUAUUUUGGAGAAUAUAGCACAUAUUGAUCAGUAUUGAUAAGCUACAGUUAGAUCGAAGGUGAAAAAAGGGAAAUGCCUCAGUGUCCUGACCCUGAUUGUAAAGAAGAUGUUGAUGUACUAAGUGAACACAUAUGUAAUGUGAUAUGUGGUGUUUGCGGAAAGAAGUUAAAAACACCUAGAGGGAGAGAUCAGCAUUCCCACGAUAAGCAUGAUGUGAUAUGUGGUGUUUGCGGAAAGAAGUUUAAAACACCUAGAGGGAGAGAUCAGCAUUCGCACGAUAAGCAUGAUACAGAAAGAAAUCCUCUUUAUAUAGGUAGAAAAAGAAGAAGAAAAAGACGCUCCCGGAGAUCCAGGAAUCAAACCCCUUAUAAUACCAUGGAUGUAAUAUGUCAUAUUUGCGGAAAGAAGUUAAAAACACCUGGAGGGAAGAAUCGGCAUUUCAUCGAUAAGCAUGCUACAGAAAGAAAUACCAAGAGUCUAAACUUUGAAUAUCCUUCCGAUUCAAUCCUCAGAGAGAGCCAUGGGUUUAAUGUUAAUACGUAUAUCGCAGCGCAUCUCCAACCAAACGAAGAAUUCCACAGGCCAUAUAAUAAAGACAUCGAUGCAUUGGCCACAACGUUAAAACAGGAGCUUCCUUUCAGUGUUAAGGAAGUAGUUAAGGGUGGAUCCCUUGGUAAGGGCACUGGCGUCGUCGACAAUGCUGACGCAGAUCUAGUGGUAUUCCUGAACAACUUUAAAAGCCAAGCCAAGUUCCAACGUCAACUACCAGAAUGUUUAACGGAAUUGCAAUCGUUUCUCGAAACCAAAUAUAAGAGUGGAGGGAAAAUAAGGGGGAUAACCCGCACACCCCACGCUGUGCAAUUUGAAUUUAGAUCGGAGAGCAAUGGUGAAUGGCAUGAUGUUGAUCUUCUGCCAGCUUUUGACAUCGUGGGUGCAAUUGGAAAAGUUGCAGUUUAUAAUAAGAUAAGCGACGCCUCUAAACGGGACAGAGAAUUCUAUUCGGCAGCGUUGACGAAGUUACAGAUUGAACAUGUGAAGGACAUGCCAACAAAAGUCAAGGACCUGAUUCGUUUGAUAAAAAACUGGAAGAACACAGAUUUAAAGGCGCUGGGUGUUGCACCACCGGCCUCCUACGCGAUGGAGUUGGUUACUAUUAACUCUUGGGAAGCAAUGGAUUCGAGAGUGGACUUUGAUAUGAGAAAAGGAUUCUUCCAAGUACUCAAGCAACUGUGUGACUCUAAUGACAAUUUGGAGAUUAUAGAUCCGGCAAAUCCCUACAACAAUGUGGCAAGUCGUUACAAAGAAUGGCCAAGGUUGGGAAAAGCUGCAAAAAUGGCAAUGGACCAGCCUUUAUUCAGGGACAUACAUCAUAGUGACAGCUCAUGGCGGUGAAAGUGCCCUGCCAAAAUGCCAAGAAAUGAUACCAGGGAAAGAUUUAUGUUGAUUGAGACACAUGUUGGACUGAAGCUUUAUUUUAAUUGUUUUUAAAGCACUUGGCAACAAUACAACCACAUGGCAACCAUGUUUCAAGCAGAUAUAUACAAUGUUGUACUUUGGAUAAAUCAAAAUAAAGGUUUGAAUAUUGAAUAACCUCUGCACCUCAACCAAUCAAAGGAAGUACGAUAACAUUUAGAUUGGCUUAUAAUUAAGAAAACGCAUUUUCCCGGUUCAAAUAACUAAACAAUCAAUCUG